AUGCAAGGAUCUGAAACUCUUACUACAAACACAAAGUCUGUUGAACUCCAUAACAUCCAUAUAGUUACGGUUAAAGUUGUACAUUUUUAUACGGUUCCAGGCAUAUGCCGGACCAUCCCCACGUCUCUGAAGAUGUUCUACGGCCACGUGUUCUGCAGCGAGUGCUUCAAAACUCACGUGAUGGCGCGCUUCAAGGGCGAAGCGCCGCGAAUGCAUUCCAAUAGUUGGUGGAUGCAGUGGGCGCCUGGAGCCAAGCAGGAGGAGAAGGAUAAGACAGAAGCGGACUCAAAGGACUCCUCGAACCCUCCUCCUGAAGAGCCGGCGCGGCGCUGCAUCUGUGCCCGUUGCUUGCAAGCUGUGAGCGACAACAACAAGAUCGACAUCGGCGGGCAGAGCUUCCACACGCAGUGCGCUAGAUGUUAUUUCUGCCACGCCGUCCCCAAAAACUCCGUCAAGAUCUACUACGGCCAAGUCUUCUGUGAGGAGUGCUUUCACAAGCACGUCCUGAACCGCGGCCGCGACAACCCAUCCGAAUUCUUUAAAAAUUGCUUCGAGCAGUGGCAGAAUAAUGCCACGUUUGCUGAGAACAUGAGGCAGUUUAUGGCGGGGAAUAAGGAGGCGACGCCGUUUGUGUUCAUGAUGACGGGCGGGCAGCCGCCAUUUUGUCGCUGCGGCGCGCCGGAGUACCAGCAGCCUGAGGCGAGGAAGUCUGCGACCCCCGCGCUCUCAGUCGGCUCGGAAUCCCUCGGCACCUGGGACUUAUCCUUCGAGAACCGAACCGUCGCAUCCGACGCGCAGGAAUCCACCGAAUCAGCAGCCGAGACCACGGCCGCGGCUGAAAAAAUCGAAAAGCUGACCAAAUACCUGCAUUGCACGAGCGAAAAUGAGAAAAAAUGGCAAAGUGUACAGAAAGCUAACGGGGUGGGGUGUCCCAAGUGUUUGUGGCAGUGUGGCGUAGUGUUUGUGCGGGACUGCCGCAAGGCGGUCUGUUGUGGGGACUGCUGACCCCCAAUAAAGUUGUUUC